AAAGUUGUAUAUGUUAUAUAUGUUUAGAUCAAGUGAAAUAAAAAUGGAAGUUGAAAAAUUAAAGGAAAGAAAUCUAUCUUGUUAUUCAUUGCUAGAAAAAGAAAAUGAUAUUACCAAAAGAAAAGAAAAUGAUCUUACCAAUUCAAAGAAUACAAGAUCUAGCUUUCUUAACAUUAAUCCCAAUAAACACACAAACAAAGAACAAAUAAGUUGUAUGGAAGAUAAGUGUUUUGAUAUUCAGAGCAUGACUGAUUAUGAACUUCAGAAAUUAUUUGGCGAUGAUCUUAAAAAUCUUUUCAAUUCAGUUUGGCAGUGCAGGCUAGAAGUGAGAGACUGACUUGUAAAGCUGAAUAUCCAGAUGCAACUAUUUCAUGGAGAUCAAUUAGCAGCACAAAAGUUGAAUUCAACUCUGAUGAGAAUAUUCCAUCACUCCUAAUGAAUAGCACUGUAUUAAAAAGAUACGAUGACUUAAAUAACACACUGCAAUUCACUGAUGUUGAAAGACCAUGUAGUGUGGCCUCAACUGUAUCCACUGUAGAUGCGUCUGAAAAUGAAGAUUUAGGCUUUACUCAUCCUGCAGUUCUAAAUGUUAAAGUUCCUGGAAAGGGGGUUUUUAAAAUGCCUUCUUCAAAAACAUGUGUAACAUCAAUUGACAAUCCAUUAACUAUUGAGAAGAAUUCAAUAUGUGAGGAUAUUUUUAAUGAGAUUGACAUAGGAAAAAUAAAAGAUUUGGAUAACCAUUUAAACAUUAUUGAAGAAAUACAUGAAGUUUAUAAUGAAAUUAGAGCUUUCUUACCCAAAGAUCAUUUUCAUUUUAAUGAGAAUGUGGAAGGAAGUGACCCAGUAAUUUGUGAAAUGAUAUUUAUGUCAAAAUUGGUGGAAAAAAGUAAGUUCUAUUCAUCCAUUGUAAAUAAAGAACUUCAAUUAGAGCAGGAAGUGAAGACAUCUAAUAAAGUCAAAGAAAUUAUUUCAUCAAAUUCCAAGUGUAGUUGCAAUUCAAGUGCCAGCAAUAACAAGAAAAAUAUUAUUAAAAUCAGCAAUGAAAAGGAGCAACUGCAGAAGAAGAAUUCUGAGAUUGAUAUCAGUUUUGAUGAUUAUCAAAAGUUUAUUUCAAAAACUGGGAAUGAUUAUUUAUUCUCUAUCUACCAUCUAUACUCAAAAGAACUUUAUAUGAAUGAAGAACAAACAAAGUAUAUAAGUUAUCUGAAAGAAAAGAAAUUAGAACUAAAAAACAAACAUCAACAAUUUCAGCCAGGUCAUUGGAAUCCAUUUUGUAUUUUUAUAGAUGGAUUAGAACAAGAAAAAUCUUUAAAUGACUUAUUAAAUGUUGAAGCUGAGCAUCUAAAUGACAAGGCUUUAAUAUCAAAACUUCAGGAUCGUCUUGAACAAAUAUGGGAUUCUCUAAAGAUGUCUUUCCAGCAUCGAGUUGCAAUGACAUUAAAAUAUUAUUCUGUUGACAUUAAAAUAAUUUCUGAAGUUGUUGAGGCAUGGGAAGCUGUUGCAGAAUUGAUAGUCAAAAGAGAAAAUGUCUUACUUGAAAUAUUUGCUUUUGAACAAUUAGCUUCUGACCCUGGAAGGUUUUUUGAGAAAGGUUUUCAGGGUUCGUCUGAAGCACGAAUGAAUGAAGCAAAAAUUCGCGCUAAACAAAACAAGGAUAUUGUGAGAUUAGAAAAAAAAAUAUGCAAACUCAUUCAAUACAUAAAGCAGCGGUUUCAUGAUCAUGUUUUUUACAAGGAUGUUAAUUAUCAAUUCAAAAUGAAAACAGAUCGUUUGGAAAUGCUUAAUUGGUUACGUAUUGAGAAAAACACGAUAAUAAAUUCAUAAAACAUUUAAAAAAAAAUUAUACUUUAAUGUAUUGUUCGGUUUAUAACUUGAUGUUUUGAUAUA